AGUGCAGCCAUCUAUUUGGAGCUGUGCCUCUGGAUGUUAGUGUGUAAAGGAUGGAGAGGAUGGUACCCCUCUUCACAGUGGGUUUUGCGCGAUGUUGCUUGGACUUUGGUGAGGAUGUAUUAUUGAGGGGAUAAUGAAACCCACAGAAGAGAAAAGGCGUGUUUGCUCGUGACGAGUGGGUGAGGAUGACCGAGAGCCAAGGUGUACACGAGCUGAAUCGGACCCCAGAGCUGAGAGCUGUCAUUGUUCGCAAGAAACAAAGAGAGGGCACGUUCAAACUGCGGGUCAUCUUCUUGGAUGACAGUGAGAGGAUAUUUGAGGUUGAGCAAAGGAUCCUUGGAAAUGAUUUCUACAACAAAGUUUGUGGGCACCUGAAGCUGUUGGAAAAAGAGUAUUUUGGCCUUGAAUUCCGUCACCAGUGUGGCAGUUAUAUGUGGUUGGAACUGCUAAAGCCCUUGGCCAAGCAAGUAAAAAACAACAGAGAUCCAAUGUUCCGCUUCAUAGUGAAGUUCUUCCCCCCAGACCCAGGGCAGCUGCAGAAAGAACUGACCAGGUACCUGUUUGCAUUGCAGAUUAAACAGGAUUUGUCCAAUGGGAGUCUUACGUGCAAUGAUAACAGCGCUGCUCUCCUCGUCUCACAUUUACUGCAGUCAGAGAUAGGUGACUACGAGGAGGAACUUGACUUGCAGCAUCUAGAGAGCAAGAAGUACGUACCCAACCAGGAGUGCCUCCACAAGAAGAUCCUGCGCUUCCACAAGAGGCACAGGGGCCAGACUCCAGGCGAGGCAGACAGCCUGCUGCUGGAGGUGGCUCGGAAGCUGGAUAUGUAUGGGAUCCGCCCACAGGCUGCCAGUGAUGGAGAGGGCACCAAGAUCAACCUGGCCAUCACACACUCUGGAGUGUUGGUCUUCCAGGGCAACACUAAGAUAAACACUUUCAGCUGGGCCUCAAUCCGCAAACUGAGCUUUAAAAGAAAACAUUUUUUGAUAAAACUCCACGCUAAGAUUAUGCCCUCUCGUAAGGACACGGUAGAGCUAACCAUGGCCAGCCGUGAUGUGUGUAAGGCCUUCUGGAAGACGUGUGUAGAGUACCAUGCCUUCUUCCGUCUCUCUGAGGAGCCCAAGUCCCGGCACAAGUCCCUCCUCUACAGUAAAGGCUCCUGCUUCAGAUACAGUGGUAGGACCCAGAAACAACUAUUGGACUGUGUCAGGAGAGGGGAGAGGAAGAACCUGCCUUUUGAAAGGAAGUUCUACAAGGCUCACUAUGACAACAGGCAGUGCAGGUCCUCACCUGACCUCCUCACUGAUGUCUCCAAACAGGUGUAUGAGCAGACCUGUGGGUUCCCCCAUGCCGGCUGUGCCCCGGGUGGGAAGCGCAGUCAGUCUGCUGUGGAGGUGCUGUUCACCACUAUGGAUCUGGAGGGCCUCCAACCCCACUCUGCCCACACCUCUGCAUUCGCCCAGUCCCGCUCCUCUUCCUUCUCUGGGGCUGAGCCAGGGCCCACAGCGCUACAGGGGCCCGAGGGGCUGCGGGGCCACAGUGAGGGGGCCACCCUCAGAGCCAGACAGAGCUUCAACCGCAGCAGCAGAGUGGCUGAGGGGCCUCAGAGGGGCCGACUGCUGGCCAAUACACAGCAGCUGGUCCUGCUCUACCCCAGCCCUCACGCCCACCUUUACCCCUACCCCUGCCUGGAGCUGCACCCCGUCCUGCCCCUCUCUGCUCAGGCCUAUAUGUCUGGCUGCUCCUCUUUCUCCUUGGACCACGCUCCAGCCCCACUGCCUCUGUCCCACUACGGCCCCCGGCCCGCUCCCCAGGCCGCCCUGCUAGACGACUUCAUCCGCUCCUCCAGUUUCUCCAGCCCCUCCUCAUUGUCUCCCUGUCUGCGGCGCCAGCGUCAUCGCUACAACGGGCCUCCAGGCAUGGCCAUUGCUCCGGGGCUGUAUGCUGCCACUUUGGCUGGAUGUGGGGCUGGUCGGAGGGAGUUUGGCAGAGAAGAGACGGCAGGCCACUUCAGUGAUGACUCCAGCUACCAGGCAGGCCUGCCCAAGCGCUCCUGGAGCCAGUCUGAUAUGAAGGUCCUCCGGCCCUCCGCCCCAGCAGCAGAGUUCCGCCCUCUAGGUCACUACCCUCACCUAUCACGACGACACUCGCCUGCACGCCCAACACACCUCCCUCUUAACCUGUCCCUUAUGUCUGAACAGCCCGCCUCUGUGUGCGUGCUGGGGGCCGGGAGCAGGACAGGGAGUGGAGAGAUCAGCCUCAGUGACUCAGACGUCAUGUUCCCAUACUACUGCCCAGGGCUAGGGAAACUGGUGCGCUCUGGCCCCCUGGCUCGAAUGCGCAUUUCAUCUGGUAGUCUGCAGCUGGACGAGGGGGAGGAAGACUCCUUUAACUUAAGUGACCCUGAAGGCACUGCAGCAACAAAGCGGUCAUGAGCCAAUCAGAGCGUUAGUACUAUUACUGGGACAACCCCAUUGCUAUCCCUAGCCAAUCAAAGCGCAUUCUCUUUGGUGGGCCUGUGGCCACAAUGGGAAGUCAUCCUGACCCAAUAAAUCUCUAAAAAGGGCUUUUGUGACCACACCCCAAGUCUUCAGAGUCAUUCCCACAGGCCCUGAUGGUUCCGGUCACUGGUCAUAUUUGAAGAUGAAGGCAUGAAAGACACGCCAAACUGAUGGACCGGACUUCAUUAUAAGUAUGCCUUGAAGAAGCCA